AUGGAAAACUCAAGAUUCAAGAAUGCCCCGUAUUUUAGUUGUGAGAAGGUGUGCCAGAAAUGUGAAACAUGUAUCUUGGCCUGGAAAAUCUUCUCUACCAAAGAGUGGUUCCUACGUAUCAGUGAGGUGUCUCAGAGGAGGUUCCUAGUUAGUAUUUUGAAGCAGUUAGACAGUUUAUAUUUGUUACACUAUUUCCAAGACAUGCUUCAGCUCACACAGGGAAAAGCUUUCAUCUACAGCAGGUCCCGAAUCCACAUCAGCAAGAAGGAAGGGAAACUUGUGAAGUUCUCUUUGAAUCAAAUGUUGGAGAAAACAGUGGAACAGAAGAUGAACGAAAUGCUGUCCUGGUUUGUGAGCUGCACCCCCCGGACUAAGAGAAAUUACACACUCUCGCUGUUGCAGAUGUGUGAGCCCAGGUUACUGCUCACUGCUGCUGAUGUGGUCAGAGUCCUGAGAGAGCGGAACAGUGUCCUAGGGCUUGAGAAAGACUCCACAGAUGUGUUUUUCUUCCUAGAGAAAGACUGCAACCUCCAAUCUGAGAUCUCACAUAUUCAUUGGGCAACCAGAACCAGGCAACUAUCCUUUCCUCAGUCCAAAAGUCCAGGAAACGAAAGCUCAUCUGAAAACGUGGGAGAAGAAGCAUUUAUUCCUGAGGAACAAUGGAUGAGUUCGCUUCAGUGUAUUGCCGAGCUGAAUAAGCCGUUUUCCAGAAAACCAUCUGUGACCAAGGCAGGCGGCCUUCCCCUCAACCUCCUGCUUGACAUGGAUACUGUUAGAGAUCUAUCUUCAGGGUUCAGCCAAUAUCGGGAUUUUAUCUGCCUUCUGCCCGUCCACAUCUCAAAGUACAUUCUAAGUAUGCUGGGGUGGAGCUCUGUGCUGCAGGUGGAUGAGCUAUUGAGGAAGCCCACCCAGGGGAAAGCCUUGUGGGAUAUAGACACAGGGAAGUGCCUGAAGACAGUCAAACACAAAGACCCCAUCUUUGCCACCAGGAUCAAUGACACCUACAUCGUGAGCAGCUGUGAGCGAGGGAUGGUCAAGGUGUGGCACGUUGCCACUGCCCAACUGGUAAAGACUCUCAGUGGCCACGACGGAGCAGUGAAGUGCCUGUGCUUUGAUCAGUGGCACCUUCUCUCAGGAAGUGCUGAUGGCCUGGUCAUGGCCUGGAGCAUGGUGGGAAAGUAUGAGAGAUGCCUAAUGGCCUUCAAGCAUCCUAAGUUAUCUGACCAAUUACUCCUGACUGUCAAUGCCCUGCAGCAAGCCCACAGCUCAGGGUCAUUUGCUUAUCCUGGGAGACCCAAAGCCCAAGUCAUUGAUGCCCAGGGUCCUUCCAUCUCCCAUUCGAGGAAGUUUCUGAGUUUCAAAGGAAAAUCACUCCAGCAUGCCGUUGAAGAGUUGAGGACCAGCAACCCCACCACAGGAGUGAAAAAAACUACCGUGCCGCUAGAAAUACAGAAACUGAAGCCCAUUCUCAAGAAUUCUUUGCACAGUUCCAGAAUUCAGUCCACCAUACCCCAGCCUAUGAUUAUCCGCCCCAGGCUCUCUGGCAGCUUCAAAGGCAAAGACCGAGUGCCCAGCUGUCUUGAAGGGGCAGCGCGCAGUGCUGGCCACUUGACCAGCAUGCACGUCAUCAGACAGAACCGCAUGGCUGCUCCACGAGUGGACACAGUGACCCAGUCUCUCAAAAAAGAACGGCCUCACUUCUACACAGCCCUCAAUCCCUUUAGAAUGAACACGGGGUUCAGGCUGUUGACUACGAAGGAGGAGAAAGAGUACAGGGAAGCCAAGAUGAAGGAAUAUCAGGCAAGUGAACCCACCGUGGUAGUCGAUCCAGAAAAAGCCAGCAAAACGGCCUGGCUCAGGAAAAUCAAAGGCCUGCCUAUAGAUGAUUACAAGAAGCAAGGGAAAAUAGCAGCCCCUGAACUUGGACAAAACACAUUUAUCUGA